CCCGCGUUUUUCCAUUUACGACGAAAUUACGUGGAAUAGAUAACCAUUUACGACGAUUUUACAACGCUUAACCUAAACUUAACAAACAACUAUUCUGAACCUCUAUUUCUCAUUCAAACUAAUUUUAUUUUUGGCAUAUGAAUACACUUUUCAUAAUGCUCAAAAAAUAGUUCCAAAGACAUUUUGUCAAGAACCUUUCUUUUCCAGAACUUAUGUUCCAAUUCCAACUAGACGGCCUCAAUCGAGACAACAUGAGUAACAAAAUUCUAAAAAAGAGAGCUUUUUAUGAAGGGAGGUGAUUGAAAAAACAGAGCAAAUGGGUUUCAACAAUUAUCUGGUGGAGAAUUGCGUCUGCAGAUUUGAAUAUUCAACGUAAAAAAAAAAAUCAUUCUGAUAAUCUGUAAGAUCAAAUCACUCUUAAAUGUUCAAUUCUCUGACUUGUUACGUCCAGCUUUGAUUUCGUCCCCUAACAUCAUUUGUUUCACAGCAACGAAAAGAUCAGAGGGAUGCUCUACGGGAGCUCCAGAGCGAGUUCCAUUUCAGUGGAAUGUCUACUGAUCCGAAAAGGUGGAGGAACAACACAGAUUGCUGUUCUUGGGGUGGUAUCUCUUGUGAUCUGAAGACGGGCAUAGUCACUGCGUUAGACCUCUAUGGCAUUUCUCUCAAUGGACCUUUGAGAUAUAAUAGUAUCCUUUUCAGACUAAAACAUCUUCAAUAUCUAUAUCUUGGCUCUUAUAAUCUUUCGGGUAUUCUACCAGAUUCCAUGGGCAAUCUCAAAUAUUUGAGGGUUGCGAAUUCUUCGAGAAGAUUCCAUAUUCACUUGAUAGUUUCGGGUAGUUCGGAUACUUUCAAGUAGUUCAUAUACUUUAUAUAUAUAUAAUUAUUAUUUUUAUAUACUCGGAUAUUUUUAUAAAUCAUAUAUGCUGUUAUCAGACUGCCUAUUUGCGUUACAUGGCAAACAUGCCUGAUCAUGAAAGUUAUAUUAAUUGAUUCACAUCUUUCAUGGAACACUACAGACGAUAGCUAGCAUGAUACACUUAAAAGGCUAAAACCUUCUCCUCACCCUGAGAAGAAUCUUCCCAAACUCGAGGGCCAUUGUCUCGCAAAAUUCUCUUUGUGUAUCUUAUUGGACUCCAAGUCUUUAACAGGCACCCACGAUUCUUGUCAUAAGGAAACCAAAACUCAAAAGCAUGUUAUUGCAACAAAUGGCAAUUAACAUGGGUGAGUUCGCUUUUUUUUUUUAGCUUUUCGUGGUCAACAUUAAUUUGAAUGUUUGAUUCAUUUGGUAUUAGUCUUAUUUGAUUCAUCUUAUUUCUCGACCUCAAAUGCUUUUUCGACCGAGCAUUUGAUUGGUUCAUAUAUGUGUUUAAUUUUAGCUAAUACUUUUUUUAAAAAAUGUCUUACUAAAAUAUUAAAGCAUGUUUACCAAAAAUCAAUAAAUAUAUUCCACUUUAAUGUCUAUAAAAUCAUAUUUCUUCAACAAAUAUUUUAGAUAAAAGAAGAUGAAUUACCUCAUAUUUAUGCUAGUUAUUGCUAUGUGUUUUGGUUUGAAUGAAGGUCAAUGUUAUAGUAACAUUUUAGAAUUACAAAACCAACUCAAGCCAAAUAGUAUUCUAAAAUUUAAUUGCUCAGCCAACCAUGGACAUGUUGAGCCUCUCCACGAUGUAAAAUUCAAUGAAAAAUAUCAAAUUGUAGUUUUAGAGAGAGGACUAGGAGAUAGAAUUGUAUGGCGUUGCCUCUUACGACAUGGGAAUAAAAUGGAAAAUUCUCGAACUAUAUGGCGCGCAUACAGAGGAGCCAGCAGGCCUCGAUGUAAUGAAAAACGUUCAUGGAUUGCUAGAGUUGAUGGAAUUUACAUGGAGAAAAAUACUAAACCAGAGGGCUCAGAUAUCAUUGGAUUGUUACUAAAAAAUAAGUUUUAUCUUCCUAAAAGCUAUUUACAUUUGACGCUAAGAUUAAUUUUGUCAUAUGAGAUAAAACAUCAUAUCAUUUUGAAAUAAUAAUAAUAUACAAAUAAAUGUAUUAUAUAUAUAUAUAUAUAUCAAUUUAUUAUUUUGGUAAUAAAUUAAUUUAUAAUUUAUUUUUUCUAGAAUGAGAAUGACCAGUAAUGUUUAGGUGUUAAUAUUGUUUAUUUCCAAAAACUCAUGUAAAACAUUUGUUUGUACAAUGUUUACCCAAAUAAUUUCAUGGUUAUUGUCAUGUUUAUCACUACAUUUGGUAAAACUAAUUUUGAUAACAUUUCAAGAGACAGUUUUUGUCAAUAAAAUGAAACACUAUGUACAAAACAAGUUUCAUAAAAAUCAAAGAAUUCAACAUUUUACGAAAUAAUCUUUGGAAAAUAAGUGACCACCACUUUGUGGUUGGGAACUGGUAUGUGAAGAGGAGGAGAUGGCUUAUAAAGGGGAUUUGAGUGCUCAUACUUCUGUUGGGAACAUUUGUGGUUAUUUGAUAGUGGCUGGUGUUAAGAAGAAGAGGAAAGUGUAGAAGCAGAUGUUGAAGGCGUAGGGGAGGGCUCAGGUUUAGGGUUAAGGUUUAAAGAAGUGUUGGGAUUUUGAAAGUUUGUAUGAUUCAUUGUGUUAGGCCAUUUGCGUUGUAUCUCUUCAUCUUGAAGCUUGUCACUUACACGUUCUUGUAUUGGUUACCGUUUUAUUGAGCCAAACAAGUAAGUUGUUUUCAGUGAGAUCAGAGAACUUAAUGUUUCUAUGUAUUGUUUCUAGAGUUAUUCUUGGGUUCACUCCCUAGGGUGAACCUUUAGAUUCAUCAACCAAUAGAAAAUUGUCAUUUUAAAUCUAGUAUCUUUUAAUUAA